AUGUCGAGUGCUGAACAAGGGAAAAUCGACAAUAGCUACAACCAAACUUAUUGUCCUAACAUCAAUCACUUUGAUGAAGUUGUUCCGGUCGUCUUGCCUCCGGUGUUGUUUGUCUUCCGCACCAUGGCCGUCACUUUCGGCAUUCCAAUCCAGUUGUUAGUGGCCGUGGUGAUACUAAAAACUCGACAACUUCACACCCCGCGCAACGCCUUUUGGCUGGGCAACAUUACCUGCCAUUUCGCCAUUCUCCUCAUGGGCAUUUUCGAAUAUUGGGCGGUGAUUAUUAGUACAACGAAUCCGCUAUCCUGCCGGAUUUAUUUUCUGUUGGCCGGAACACCUUACACCAGUUUAUUGAUGAGUUUACUAUUAGCCACUGCCGAUCGGUGGUUCGCCAUCAGCAACCCAAUCAAACAUCGCAAAUACGUGACAGUGGCCGGAGUGGCCGGAUGCCUGGUCGUUUCGUGGCUCCUGGUCUUUUUUAUUUUAACGAGUCCUUACUGGACGGGUAGGGUCCCGUUCCCGGAACCGUGUAAGGGACUGAGUUUGAAUCCGCAAGUGACCAAAUGGGUGACAAUUUCUCAUUUUGUGCUGGCCGUUUUGAUCAUCGCUGCUCAAAUUUCAGUUUACGUCAAAACCCGCCAAUAUUUACGACACGAAAUGGCGGGAGAUUUGAAUCAGAAGUCGAACAAUUCCACUUUAAAUUCCCACCCCGACGAAUAUUUCGUUCAUUUGCCCGAUAAAACCAUUUGCCGGCUGGAAUUGGAAGCCUCGGUGACUUUAUUGUGCGGAGUAGUUUCACUUAUGGCCUGCGCACUGCCUUUGGCAUUCGUCUUCUUGACUUUGAUUGUCUGUAAAAUUGGAUUCGAGGCGCUGCAAUGUGAUCUGGCGACAAUUUUGGCUUUGAUUCCCUACGCCAGGGAAAUGCUCCUGCUCCAUUCCGUCAUCAGUCCGCUGCUGUACAUCCUGAGAAGCCGGGAAUUCGCCAAGGCAUUGCGCCGGAAACUUCCGUUUUGUUUCAGACCCCUGCGAAUCGACAGUCCCAUUGAACUUCUUUAA